AUGGCGUUUCGGCGUCUCCUUGGCAUGAGUGUCGGAACAAUAAAUCGCAUGGUACGAAGGGGAAGUACGACGAUACUGUUCCAAAAAAUUAAACCUCAUGUCAAUGGAAGCAGCGUUAAAUUCUCCAUAGAAGCUUGUGGAUCUAUGGUGAAAGAAGGCUGGUCUUGCUGUGUUGGCCAUGGCA